GCAGUCUUGCUCUGUUGCCCAGGUUGGAGUGCAGUGGUGCAAUCUCGGCUCACUGCGACCUCUGCCUUCCAGGUUCAGGCUAUUCUCCUGCCUCAGUCUCCCAAGUAGCUGGGAUUACAGAUGUGCACCACCACUCACAAAUAAUUUUUGUAUUUUUAGUAGAGACAGGGUUUCGUCAUGUUGGGCCAGGCUGGUCUUGAAUUCCUGACGUCAAGUGAUCUACCCACCUUGGCCUCCCAAAGUGCUGGGAUUACAGGCAUGAGCCACCAAGACCGGUCCUUUUAUUUUUAAAUUGAGAUACGGUCUUGCUGUGUCACCUAGGCUGGAGUGCAGUGGUGUGAUCACAGCUCAUUGCAGCCUUGACCUCUUGGGCUCAAGCAAUCCUCCCACUGCAGCCUCCUGAGUAGCUGGGACUACAGGUGUGCACCACCACAACCAGCACAUUUUUUUUUUAAAUUUUUUAGCAGAGACAGGUUCUUGCCACAUUGCCCAGGCUGGUCUCAAACUCCUGAGCUCAAGCAGUCUUCCCACCUCGGCUUCCCAAAGUGCUGGGAUUGCAAGUGUGAGCCACCACACCCAGCCUAUUCUUCCUUUUUUUUUUGAGAUGGAGUCUGGCUCUGUCCAGGCUGGAGGGCAGUGGCGCUAUCUCGGCUGACUGCAACCUCUGCCUCCCAGGUUCAAGUGAUUCUCCUGCCUCAGCCUCCCGAGUAGCUGGGAUUACAGGCACCCGCCACCAUGCCUGGCUAAGUUUUGUAUUUUUAGUAGAGAGAGGGUUUCACCGUGUUGGCCAGGCUGGUCUUGAACUCCUGACAUCAGGUGAUCCACCCGCCUCGGCCUCCCAAAAUGCUGGGAUUACAGGCGUGAGCCACUGCGCCUGGCUGAUAAUAUCUAAUAUUUAAUCAGUGUUUAUUCCAUUAUACUUUACUGUAAUUAUUGAUAUGAUUGGGUUGGGUCUAUCAUUUUAUUUGUAUUUAUGUAUUUAUUUAGAGACAGGGUCUCGCUCUGUUACCCAGGCUGGAGCGCAGUGGCACAAUCACAGCUUACUGCAGUCUUGCCCUCCAAGCAAGGGAUCCCCCAACUUCAGCCUCCCAAGUAGCUGGGACUAAGGCCUGCACCACCAUACCUAGCUAAGUUUUUAAAAAAAUUGUUUUAGAGAUGGGGUCUCACAAUGUUGCCCAGGCUGGUCUUGAACUCCUGGGCUCAAGUGAUCCUCUUGCCUUGGGCUCCCAAAGUGCUGGGAUUACAGGUAUGAGCCACCACACCUGGCCUUUGUUUUCUGUUUGUCUUCUCUGUAUUCCCCCUUUCAGUUCCUCCUUUUCUUUUUUAUUUUCUCAUUUGAAUGUUUUUCAGAAUUACAUUUUGAUUUUCCCAUUAGCCUCUUAGCUAUAAUUCCUUACAUUUUUUAAUGGCUACCCUAAGGAAUGUAAUAUACAAUGAACUUACAGGUCAGUAUCCCCCUCUGUCCUUUGUUAUUGUUGUUACAUGUAAUACAUCUGCAUACAUUGUACACCUCACAAGAAUAUGCUUAAUUUUUGCUGUGAACCAUUAUAUGGUUUAUAAACCAAUUGAGAAGAAAAAUGCAAAUGGGAAAAAUUAUUUGUAUUUACCCAGCUAUUUACCAUGUCUAAUACUUGUCAGCUUUUCUGAGGAUUUGAGUUUCCAUCUGAUAUAAUUUCCCUCAGCAUGAAGAAGUUCCUUUAGCAUUUCUCGUGGUACAGUUCUGUUGGUGAGGCCAUCUCUUAGUUUUAUUUUAUCUGAACCUGUCUUUAUAUUAUUUUUAUUCUAGAAUAAUAUUUUUUCUGGAUGUAGAAUUCCUGAUUGAUAGUUUGUUUGUUUGUUUUUCCUUCAGGAGGUUACAAAUGUUCCACUAUCUUCUGGACUCCAUGGUUUCUGAUAAGAAGCAGUCAUGAAUCAAUGAUUGUUUUUCUGUGUAUGUCAUUUUUAUGUUGAUGCUAUCAAGAUGUUUGUUUGCUCUCUUUCUUUGACUUUCAGUAGUGUGAUGUGUCUUAGCAUAGGCUUCUUUAUGUUGAUUUUGUUUGGUGUUAGUUUAGCAUCUUAUAUUUGCAAGAUUCCACCUUUCACCAAAUUUGGAAAAUUUUGGCUAUUAUUUCUUCAAAUACUUUUUUUGGGGGGUCCUGUUUUCUCUUUCCUGUCCUUCUAGUCUUGCAAUUACACUAAUAUUUGAAAAUCUGAUAUCCUCUAAUAGGUCCCUGAGAUUCUUUCUCUUUGUUGUUUAAAAAUAUAUAUAUAUUUUUAGGCCAGGUGCUCACACUUGAACUCCUGGCCUCAAGUGAUCUGCCCGCCUUGGCCUCCCAAAGUGUUGGGAUUACAGGCAUGAGCCAUCAUGUCCAGCCCUUUUUAAUCAUUUCUAUUUCUCUGCUGAGAUUGAUCAUUUUCUCUCUUGAGGUUUUUAUUCACUGAAGUCAUGUUUUGUUUUACCUCAUUUAAUUUAGUUAUAAUCACUGCUUUAAAAUCUGUCAGUUCUCACAUCUAGUUCAUCUCACGGAUGGAUUUGAUUUUCUUUUCUCUUGAGAAUGUUCUCUAAUUUCAUAUUUGUAUUUCAGGUAACUUUUGGAUUGUAUUUUGAUACUAUUAAUAGUAAGCUGUGGGGAUUCUGGAUUCUGUUAUUUUCCUCUGUGGAGUGUUGUUUCCUUUGUUUUCAUAGACAAUUUUCUUAUGUGGGCUUGGGGUGAAAACUCUAUUUCUUCAGGAGUAGUUCCAGUUUUGCAUCAGAUCUUUUGUAUUUAGUUGAGCUGCUUUGGGUCUAUACCACAUGAUAAGGUUUAUUAAGUGGGCAGUCAGCUAUACGGAUAUAAUUAAUUUGGGGAUCCCCUCUAUCUUGGUCCAUUUCCUGCUGCUUAUAACAGAAUAUCUGAAACUGGGUAAUUUAUAAAGAAAAGAAAUUUAUUUCUUACAGUUAUGGAGGCUGAAAAGUCCAAAAUUGAGGGGCUGCAUUUGGCGAGAGCCUUCUUGCUGAAGGGGACUCUCUCCAGAGUCCCAAGGCAGUGCAGGGCCUCACAUAGUGAGGGGGCUGAGGGUGCUAGCUCAGGUCUCUCUUCCUCUUCCUAUAAAGCCACCAGACCCACUCCCAAGAUAACCAAUUAAUCCACUACUCUAUGAAUAGAUUAAUCCAUUCAUGAGGACAGCUCUCAUGAACCAGUCACCUCUUAAAGGCCCUACCUGUCAAUACCGCCACCUUGGGGAUUAAAAUCUCAACAUGAGUUUUGGACAGGAGAGACAUUCAAACCAUAACACCCUCUCUGGCUCUUUCCCUUUUGGGAUUUUUCCCAUUCUCUUCAGUGUUCACAUUUUCAUACAUUUACUUUUAUGUUUCCCCAGGCCAGAAAUAAUGCAGAGUUUUGCACAUGUGCCCCCAACCAUUGCUGUGCACAUCCACGUACUACAAUUAGUCCCAGGCUAAAAGCUACAGAGAUGUGAACCUACUUGUGUAGCUCCCCAUCUCCCUUCCUCCAAGUGAGGAGGUACUCCCCAUCAGAGUCUGCGUCUGUUCACUCUCAAGCCCUUCAGGUGGUCGUUUUUUGUAGUAUAACUAGGUUUUAUGAUUAUUUACUAUGGGGUACAUAUGUGUGGGGGUCACCAAGUAGGGUCUUUGUCCAUCUUACCCAGAAGUGGAAGCUUGUCAUGAAUUGGUUCGCAGAGCACCUUGAAUAGUCCUGGCCUAAACCACUGUCUCGAUGAUGGGCCCCAUUCAGAAUGGCAUUUGCAAGUUUCUCUUCCAUAGUUUUCUAGCAGAUGUUUAUAAAUGAGGUUCAAUACCAGUUAAUGUCAAAACUAAUAGAGGAAUUCCCAGUUCAGGCAAAGGGAGCACAGAGUGCCAAUAAUAUCCAAAUAUUGUUUGGUACUGAUUGACUUGACAAAGCUCAUUUCAUAAAAAACAGUUCUGGCUUUUGCAGACUGUUCUCAAUGGAUUUUCUUUCUUUGCUGGCCUUUGACUUUCUGUGAUCUUGGCUGCUGGGAAGUGUAAGGCAGAGGAAGUCCUUAGGCAGGAGAUAAACCUGGGCCUGUUCCUACAGAGAUGGCCUUCUGAGAGGCCUGGGAGCGCUAGCUGGGACAGCAGAAGGCAAAAGUCCCAGGUAGUGUUACGAUGGUUUGGAGCAGAGCCAUGUCAUGAAUAUUUUAAUUUUUUAUUUUAAACCCUAUGAGACAUUGUUGCUUUAUGAUUGUUUUGUACUUUGGAUGUUCAUUUAGAUGAAGCUGAUAGUAAAUACCAUUCUCAGUCUUCUUUAUUUCUUUCUACGUCUCUCAUCUUCCAUCUGGGAUUGUUUUUGUCUCUAAUUCACACUCUUUUGUAUUUCCUUUAGCAUGGAUCUGUUGGCAGUUAUUUUUAUUUUUCAGCAUAUUGAAGACAGCAUUCCACUAUUUUGGUUUCCAGUGUUUCUAUGGAGGAUACAGCUUACUCAAUCCUCACUCCUUUAAAAAUAAACUGUCUUUUUAUUCCCCUGUGGCUUCUUAUUAGAUUUCAUCUUUGUCUUUUUCCAUAAUUUCACUGGAUGUGAAUAUAUGGUGUGUCUAUAUUUAGAUUUCUGUUCGUGUAUUCUGCUUUCUAUUCAUUGAGCUUCUUGAAUCUGUGGUUUGGGAUCUUUCAUCAGUUUUGGCAGAUUCUCAGCUAUUAUCCUAUGCGUUUCCUCUGUCCUGUUUCCCUCUCCUUUUGAGACUCCAGUUACAUGUGUUAGACUUUCUCAACUUAUUUUCUGCAUCUCUUAUCUCUUCUGUAUUUUUUGUAUUUUAAUUUCUUCAUUCUGGAUAGUUUCUUUCUAAGUCUUCCAGUUCAUUUAUUCUCUCUUUAGGUCUCUCUAACCUGUUUUAAUCCCAUCAAUUGAGUUGUUACUGUGUUAUUUCUAAUUUCAGUUCCAGAAUUUCUAUUUAUUUAUUAUAUAAAUACACUAUUUCACUUUUUAUAGUUCAAUUCCUUGCUUGGACUUUUGAACUAUUUCUUUUUUCUUUUUUGAGAUGGAGUCUCACUCUGUUGCCCAGGCUAGAGUGCAGUGGCACGGUCUCGGCUCACUGCAACCUCUGCCUCCUGGGUUCAAGUAAUUCUCCUGCCUCAGCCUCAAGAGUAGCUGGGAUUACAGGCGCAUGCCACCAUGCCUGGCUAAUUUUUUGCAUUUUUAGUAGGCACAGGGUUUCACCAUGUUGGCCAGGCUGGUCUUGAAUUCCUGACCUCAUGAUCUGCCCGCCUCAGCCUCCCAAAGUGCUGGGAUUACAGGCGUGAGCCACCGCGCCUGGCCGAAUUAUUUCUUUGAACAUAGUAAACCUGUUGUGUCAUUGCCAUGUUUCAUUCCAAUAGCUUAAGUUUUUGUGGAUCAGUUUCUGUUGUAUGUUGCUUCUGCUGGUUCUUAUAAUAUCUGCUUUCCCUGUAGAGUGAGUUAUUUUUGUGUUGUUCACUCUAUUUGAGAAGUAUUUGUAGAAAUAAUUUGAUGCUUAGGAUGGCACAUUCUUCCAAAGAUGGUUUUCAUUUGCUUCUGCCAUAUGUCUAAAUGUGCCACCAUUCUGGGUCUGUCUUAAUCCCAAUUCAGGUGUUUUGGUUGCUUGGAUCAACUAGGUGACAAAGAGGUUUUUGAAAUAUUUCAUUUGGGUUUAAAAUAAAAGUUUUUCUCGUUCAGAGGAUAGCUUUAAAUAACUUGGCGUGACAUUACCAGAAGUGAAGCUUUUUCUGUUUUAUGAAGCUUCUUGUAUAAGGCAGGGAUUACAUCUUUUCUCCAUGUGUGGUAGAAUCAUAUAUAAAGUCAGCUGGUUUGAGGCUAUAUUUUGGUGCUUCAUUUUCUGGAAUGUACUUCCACCUUCGUUUGUCUAGUGCUCAUAUAAUUAUUUAAGAUUCAGCUUACAUGGUUUCUCUAGUUGUAUUUCUUCAUCUCUCCAGCUUCCUAGCUCUUUAUACAUCUUUUUUCUGACGUUAUUUAUUAUGCUAUAUUAUCAGUAUAUAUUUCUGUUUUCCUUUAAAAGACUCAGAGGUUAUUCAUGACUGAGGUAUUAUAUUAUUCAUCUUUGUAAGACUAGGUUCUAAUAUAGUCCAUGAUAGAUGCUCAAAUCUUCUGGUUAAAUUGAAAUAUGAAAAAUAAAAUGUAAAAUGGAUUGGUAACAAUCAUAAGGAAUAGCUUAAUAACUUUACAAAUUACAUAAAAAUAACUGAUCCCCACAAGGCAACUAUUACUAACAUCAGAAUGAUCACCUCAAAUACCGGUAGUCUAUUGUCAGUCACUUAUUACCAGUUAUAUCUUGACACUACUCACAAUUUCCUACGUAUUUCCUACUGUUUCUCAUUUGCCCAACUACCUAAAAGCUUUUGAUCUCCUUGCUCACUUCAUUCUUUCUACUUUCUCACUUUUACACCACAUAGUUCACUGUUAACAUGUAUUGAACUAAGCUAAAUAUAUGACAGACUCUGGAUUGACUAUCAUCAAAUCUUCCCAACAAUUUAAUUAAGUAGGUGCUAUUACUAUUCCAUUUUACAAAUGAAAAAAAAAAGGCUUAAAGAGAUGGUUACUUGUCCAAGUUCAGGUGCUAAGAGAUAAAAGAGGGAUUCACAUUACCCAGGUCUGUCUGACUCCAGAGCUCAUGUUCUUUACCAGAAGUUGGCAAACCUUUUCUAAAAAGAACCAUAUAGUUAAUAUUUUAGGCUUUGGAGGCCAUACAGUCUCUGUAACAACAAGUCAGUUCUGCCACUUUAGUGCCAAAGUAGCCACAGACAAUAUGUAAAUGAAUGACUAUGACAGUUUCUAACACAAUUUUAUUUAUGAAAAUAGGUGGCGGGAAGAGUUUGGCUCAUAGGUGAUAGUGUGCCAAUCCCUGCUCUGAACAAGUACACUACUCUGUUAUUUUUUUCUCCUUUUUCUCAAUCUCCAGAGUUUUCCAUUCAACAGAUAUUGAUAGCAUUGCUUCUAAGCACAGGGCUGGGAUGAAGAUGAGAAAAUCCCUGCCUUGAGGGACCUUAGAUGUGGAAGAGGAGGGCAUAAACACACAUCUAUAGCACAGGCUGACUAUGGAAAGUCAGUGCCAAAAGAGAGGCACGGGCUGACCAGAGAUUCUUCUGAAGAACACAUGAGAUCUUGUGGAGUUGGUGAUAUAUGACAAAAGCUUUCUAGCAAGAGCAUCAUAGGCAGAGAUGCUAAGAAGAAAGUUUCCAAUAGAAGAGCCAGCACAAGCACACAUUUUUCUAUCCACCUGUCACUUAUCUUCUAUUCUGUCUCUUUUUUUCUGAGACAGAGUCUCGCUCUGUUGUCCAGGCUGGAGUGCAGUAGUGUGAUCUCAGCUCACUGCAAGCUCCGCCUCCCAGGUUCACACAGUUCUCCUGCCUCAGCCUCCCGAGUAGCUGGGACUACAGGUGCCCGCCACCAUGCCUGGCUUAUUUUUUGUAUUUUCAGUAAAGACAGGUUUCACCGUGUUAGCCAGGAUGGUCUCGAUCUUCUGACCUCAUGAUCCACCCGCCUUGGCCUCCGAAAGUGCUGGGAUUACAGGUGUGAGCCACCACACCUGGCCUCAUCUUCUAUUCUCUUUACCAGUAUUCACUUACUUCCUCUCUCUUUUCCUUGCCAAAAUCAUAUGCACUUUGGUCCAAAUCUGUUUUUGCCUUGCACCUCAUCUACUUUCUUCUCUGAUUUUCUUUUUUGCCUUCCUUUUCUUUUCUUUGUUUUUUUGUUUCUUGAUUACUGAGUCAUUGUUGAUUCAAUUCUUCUGCAGUGGGCUCAAGGUACAAAUUUAUAUCACAAAUUUCAUUUGAAGUUGAAUUCAUGUACAUCAACAUGGUGGCAUGUUCAUCUGGUUUGUCUAAGUCAAACAGCUGUACAACAUUAACAAUGUCAUUUAGCCCUAGUGAAAUAUUAACUUGGUUCUGUCAAUUCAGUCAAGGUUGAAAUCCUCUAGUCAAUUUUGGGCAGUCAAUAACAUUCACUGUUUGACCAGUUUAAUUUCCUUUCGUUUCUCUUAUGCAUAUUUCUACUUUUUGUCUGUCCUGUUAAUCUCUCUCUCUUUUAAUCUUUUCCCUUAUAAUUUUUUCUUCUUUUUCCAUCAGCCUCCUUUUCUGUACUUUUUGGAUUAUUGCACUUCUUCUAAAGGCAUGCUAUCUCCUUUCUCCUUUCUGCAGAUAUAUAUAUGUAUAUUUAUUUAUUUAUUUAGAGAUGGAGUCUUGCUCUGUCACCCAGGCUGGAGUGUAAUGGCGUGCUCUCAGCUCACUGCAACCUCUGCCUCCCGGGGUCAAGCGAUUCUCCUGCCUCAGCGUCCUGAGUAGCUGGGAUUACAGGUGCCUGCCACCAUGCCUGGCUAAUUUUUUUCUAUAUUUUUAGUAGAGAUGGGGGUUUCACCAUGUUGGCCAGGCUGGUCUCAAACUGCUGACCUCAAGUGAUCUGCCUGCCUCCGCCUCCCAAAGUGCUGGGAUUACAAGCGUGAGCAGGCGUGAGCCACCGCGUCUGGCCUCUGCUGAUAUAGUUAAAAAGAUUCUUUGUUCAUUAAUGCAACUUUUAUUGAGCAAUUACCACAUAGUAGGUCUUUUUCUAGGUGCUGGGCUGGAGAUACAAAAAUAACCAAAAGAGACAAAAAUCUCUACCCUUGUGGAGCUUACAUUCUAGUAGUAAGUGAAAUAGACAAGCAACAAUAAACAAAAUAGAAAAGUAAGUUAUAUAAUAUAUCAAGUAUUAAGUGCUAUGCGGAAAAUUCCUGGGGAUCAGGAAUUUGGGUAGCCUGUUACAAUUUUAAAUAGAUUGAUCAGGAAGGUUGUCAAAAGAUAAUUUGAACAGGUAGUUGAAGGAAAUAAGGAAGCAAAUCAUGGAGAUGUUUGUGAGGAGUUGUUCUAUACAAAAAACAAAAACACCAGCAUAUACAAAGUCCUAAGGCAGGAGGGUUCUUUUCCUGGUGGAGUUGUGGGAUAAAAAAAAAAAAAAAAGGAAAAACAAAACUUUAUCUGAGGAAUAUGAGCUCCUUUAAAUGAUCAGGCCUAGAGAAGCAUUGGAAUGAAACAGCAAUCAUGUCUCUCCUCCUUGAGCUAAAUACUUACCUCUUUUUAAAAAGAAUUAUUACUAUUUUUUAAAGACAGGGUCUCACUGUAUUACCCAGGCUGGAGUGCAGUGGUGUGGUAAUAGCUCACUGAAGCCUUCAACUCCUAGGCUCAAUGAAUCCUCCCAUUUCAGCCUCUGGAGUAGCUGGGACUAUUGCCAUGUACCACCACGCCUAAUUUUUUAAAAAUUUUUUCGUAGAGAUGGGGGGUCUCACACUAUGUUGUGCAGGCUGGUCUCAAACUCCUGGGCUCAAGCAAUCCUGCUGCCUCAGCCACCCAAAGCACUGAGACUACAGGCAUGAACCACCAUGCCUGGCCCAAUUACCUCUUGAAGCCACAUUCUAUUUGGGCUCUAGAUGAACUGAUGUCAACUAGCCACACAAUGGCAUACAAUCUAUAGUUCAACAUUGUACAGCCAAUCAUUAACCAACAUUAUUUCUUAAACCAAUGAGAAUUCAUGACAACCUUUUAAAUCACCCUGUCUCCUGAUUCGUCCUUUUUUCUUUAAAAAGUUGAGCUUCUCUUUCGUUCGCCAGAGCACUCCCCAAGGCAACUUGGAUGUGUGUCCUGGACUGCAGUGCUCAUGUUGGCCCAAAUAAACUCUUUAUAUUGAUUUUAUCUCAGCUUAUUCCUUUUAAGCAGACAGAGGACAAUAAGGAGGUCAGUAUGGCUGAAGCGCAAUGGAAGAGGAAGAGGCUAAUAGAUGUGAUUAGAGCCCGCAGGGGCUGGAGGUGAUGGCGAAGGAGGAGGCAGGUCAUUUAGGGGCUUUUCUAUUGGAAGAACUUGGCUUUUACUCUGAGUGAAAUGGAAGUCCCUUAGAGGGUUUUGGGCAGAGUUAAAUGUUGACAUAUUUUUUAAAGGAUCUAAAACAUAAGGAAGCAAGAGCAGAGGCCAAAAGACCAAUCAGGAAUAUAUUGCAAUAUUCCAGGCAAGAAGUAUGAAUAUUAUAGGGAAUGUUCUUCUGGGAAUGUGGUUACAUUUGAGGAUAAGAAAACUAAAGGUCAGGUUUGUUUGUUUGUUUGUUUGUUUGAGACAGGGUCUCCCUCUGUUGCCCAGGCUGGAAUGCAGUGGUAUGAUCUCAGCUCACUGCAACAUCUGCCUCCCAGGUUCAAGCAAUUCCCUUGUCUCAGCCUCCCAAAUAGCUGGGACCACAGGCGCCUGCCACCAUGCCUGGCUAAUUUUCAGUAGAAAGGGGGUUUUGCCAUGUUGGCCAGACUGGUCUUGAACUCCUGACCUCAAGUGAUCUGCCCGCCUCGGCCUCCCAAAGUGCUGGGAUUACAGGAAUGAAGCUACCGUGUCUGGCCUAAAGGUCAGGAUUUUGGUGCAUAACAAGUACAUUUUACCAUCCUGUGCUCCUUAAGGGAAAAUUAAGAGAUUUUGCCCUGCUAGCUUAAGGAGUGUUAAACAUUUUGCAUUGUCUUGAGCAUUGCUAUUAAUAAGUGAUCUAAUACCUGGCACAUAGUACACAGCAACAUUCGUGGAAUGAAUAAAUACAUACCCAAUUAAAUGGGUAAACUGAAUGACAGUAUCAAGUAACUUGCUUGUGCAGCAGCAUUCAUUUCCCUCCUUCCUUUUUUUUUUUUUUUUUUUUUUGAUACAGGGUAUCAUUCUGCCACCCAGGCUGGAGUGCAGUGGUGUGAUCACAGCUCACUGCAGCCUCGACGUCCUGGGCUCAAGCAAUCCUCCUGCCUUGGCCACCCAAAGUGCUGGGAUUACAGGCAUGAGCCACCAUGCCCCACCAGGAUUCACUUCUUCUGCAUACUCUGGUGGUGUUUAUUGUAUCUUUACAUUUUAUUUAGCAAAGAAUGUUAAAAGCGCCAUGUUAUAAGCACACUCCUACCCUCCAAGCAGAAUGUAGAGGGUAUGUAUUUAUAUAUUUUAAGUGGUCCCACAGCAAUUUGUACAGUUAUAGCAGUUCACAACCAUACUCAGUUAUGUUUGCUUCUCUCCUCAAUAGUCUGUGAGGUUCCUUCAGGUUUGGAACUAUCUUUUAUUAAUCUUUGUAUCUCCAGCACCUAGCACAGGGCUUAGCAACAAUUUUUGUUGAAAGAAAGUAUAUACACUGUAAUAAAGGGCAGUAGAAAGAAAAUAUGUGAGUUAUCAACACCAGCUAGAGAAGCCUUGUCUGAUUCCUGUGAAAUAUAUUCAUUUCCCUUAGGAAAAAAACAAUUCUAACCUUAUUGCUGUGUAACUUAGCUUCUUGACUUCGAACGGUAUUUUAAGCCUUUGAGGAGCUGCAGCAAUGUAUACUCACUCGAGGAAGAGUGCCUGGUAAGUGGUCUGGUAUUGAUCAGCAAUGAUCAGUAAGUACUGGGAAGUGAGUUUUCAGGGCCUGAGACUUGCAAGCCGGUGACAGACCGCUCCAGCUUCCAGUGGACCCGGGCGGGGGCACUGAUCAACCCACUUAGGCAGUGGGAUCAAGGUCUUCAGCCUUAGCAGGGGGAGCCUCGGCCCGGCCCCCUUCGUUCCCGAGCCCCUCAGUCAGCGUCUCCUCCCAAAAGGGUCCCCUUCACCCAGAAUGUCCUCCCCUGGGGGAGACCCCUCUGUCUGCGGGCCCCCUCCCAUAGGAGGGCCCCUCUUCCUCAAGGUGAACCUCUGUUUCCGAUAUCCGCUCCCAAGACCGAGAUCUUGUUACGGCCCCACCCUCCACAGGCCCCUUACCCCCCGGAUCCCCUCCCCUGGGGGAGACCCCUCUGUCCGCGGGCCCCCUCCUAUAGGACGCGCCCCCCUUUCUCAGAGUGAACCUCUGGUUCCCGAUACCCGCUCCCAAGACCGAGACUCUGUUACGGCCCCAUCAACACGGGUCUUCCUCACCGCAGCAUCCCCUCCCCGCCGAGGAGCCUCGUCCGCGACGCUUCCCAGUCAAUCACCCCCAGCAUCCCUCCGCACUCUCACCCAGGACUUCCGCCGCGCCCCCUCCCCUCAGGCGGGACUUCCGCCGGCGCCCCCUCCCCCAGCGGCGCCGUCUCCUCCUCCUGCCUGAGGCGAGUCUGGGCUAAGCCUAGAGCUCUCCGGCCCCGGCGCAGCCUCAGGGCAGCGCGGGCUGCAGCGACGGCGGCGGUUAGGGCUGUGUAGGGCGAGGCCUCCCCCUUCCUCCUCGCCAUCCUACUCCUCCCUCCUCGCCAUCCUCCCGCUUCGACCUCCUCGCCUUCCUCCUCCUCGUCAGGCUCGGCUUAGCUGUGAGCGGCAAGAUGGCGGCGCCCAGGCUGCCGCCUGCCAGGCUGUCGGGCGUCAUGGUGCCGGCGCCCAUCCAGGACCUGGAGGCCCUGCGCGCGCUCACGGCGCUCUUCAAAGAGCAGCGGAACCGAGAAACAGCACCCAGGACUAUCUUCCAAAGAGUUCUGGAUAUCCUAAAGAAAUCUUCUCAUGCUGUUGAGCUUGCCUGCAGAGAUCCAUCCCAAGUGGAAAACCUGGCUUCCAGUCUGCAGUUAAUAACAGAAUGCUUCAGGUGUCUUCGCAAUGCUUGCAUAGAGUGUUCUGUGAACCAGAAUUCAAUCAGGAACUUGGAUGCGAUUGGUGUUGCUGUUGAUUUGAUUCUUCUGUUUCGUGAACUGCGAGUGGAACAGGAAUCUCUGUUGACAGCUUUUCGCUGUGGCCUGCAGUUUUUAGGCAACGUUGCCUCACGGAAUGAAGAUUCCCAGUCUAUUGUUUGGGUGCAUGCUUUCCCAGAACUGUUUUUGUCUUGCUUAAAUCAUCCGGACAAAAAAAUUGUUGCCUACUCUUCAAUGAUUUUGUUUACAUCCCUUAAUCAUGAAAGAAUGAAAGAACUGGAGGAAAACCUCAAUAUUGCAAUUGAUGUCAUAGAUGCUUACCAAAAACAUCCUGAAUCAGAAUGGCCGUUCUUGAUUAUUACAGACCUCUUUCUGAAAAGCCCGGAAUUGGUACAAGCCAUGUUUCCCAAACUGAACAAUCAAGAAAGAGUUACACUGUUAGACCUUAUGAUAGCCAAGAUAACGAGUGAUGAGCCACUCACCAAGGAUGACAUCCCUGUGUUUUUGCGGCAUGCUGAGUUGAUUGCAAGCACCUUUGUGGAUCAGUGCAAGACUGUGCUCAAGUUGGCCUCUGAGGAGCCUCCCGAUGAUGAGGAGGCACUGGCUACGAUUAGGCUUCUCGACGUCCUGUGCGAAAUGACUGUGAAUACUGAGCUGCUCGGCUAUCUGCAGGUUUUCCCUGGCUUGCUGGAAAGAGUGAUUGAUCUUUUACGGGUGAUUCAUGUAGCUGGGAAAGAAACCACAAACAUCUUCAGUAAUUGUGGUUGCGUGAGAGCAGAAGGUGACAUCUCCAAUGUGGCCGAGGGGUUUAAGUCUCAUCUCAUUCGUCUGAUUGGAAAUCUGUGUUACAAGAAUAAAGAUAACCAAGACAAGGUAAAUGAGCUGGAUGGUAUCCCGUUGAUCCUGGACAACUGCAACAUCAGUGACAGUAACCCCUGUAUCCUUGCAUGUGAAUUACCUUGCACAAGUUUACAGCCGGGGCCCUUAGCAAAACAAGUCCGUUUCCUCAUGUUCAUUCACCCCCCAAAAAGGAAAGAAAAAAGAAGAAAGCUUCUAGUCAUGGGAAAGCAGUACAAGAAUGUUCAGGUACAAUUGCAGAUGUUGCAUUUCCCAAUGAAAAUGAUGAUUUAUUAUGAAAAAAGAAAUUGACUCACAGUUUACUUUUACAUUCCCUGAAUUCACCUUCCAGUGAAGAAGGGUUUUCAUUGCUAGUCCUUGGCUUUUAUUUAGCAAAGACCAAAAAAUAAAAAGACUGUUGUACACGAGCACAUCGUAGGCCUACAGAUGCUCGCAGCACCUUCCACCUUGGUGUCCUCCUUGCCAGAUGGCCAUUCAUUCAUUCACUUCUUCCUUCAGGAAACAUUCAUUCAGUCCCUCUUGUGUGUUUACACCCAUUGCUUUAUUGAACCCUGACACCAUGAAGCAGAUACUAUUAUUGUCAUCCAUAUGUUGUAGAUGAUGAAAUAAAACUGAGUCUCUAGCUUGCCCAGAGGUCAGAACCAGAUUUUAUACAUGUGAGUGCCUGACCUUAGCCACUUCCCCACACUGCGUUCUUACAAGUCACUGGGAGGAGACAGAGCACAUGCAGAGAACCACAUAAACAUAUUCAUGUAGUGGAGAAAUGGUUCAGAGUUACACAUGUAAAAAUUUAUAUGGAUAGCUAUAUCUUUAGCUGGAUAACUGGCUUUUAGAAUGAUAAUCAGUGAAACAUUGCAAGAUCACAGAAUCUCCUGAAUCAUUAAGAAAAGAUAAAAUAUCACAAGCAUCUUUGGUGUUAUGUGUAUUCAGUAAUUCUUUGGAGUUGUAUUUAUUAAGCCUACCAGAUUUUAAAGGCAUAUAAAAUGUAGUAAGUUAUGAGACACAUACUGAAAUAUCAGUGCAAAGGGAGAAUGGUAGUUGAAUGGUCAGAAACGAAAAAGCCUUACAGCCUAGAGAUUCAGUUUUUAGAUGUGAGCUAUAAAUUAAAAUCUGGCCUUCGUAGUACUAAAGUAAAUAAGGACAUGAUACAAUUUCAAAAUUCACCUUAUUCCCUAGGUAAAACCACAUUGAUGCUCCUUCCAGGCUAUUCCCAAAGAAUUAUCUAAUGACUCCUGCUUUACUCCUCGCUUCCGAUUCCCUCUUUUUCCCCCUUUCUUGUGCAUUUUUUCCUUUAUUUUUUUAAUUCAUGAAAAUAAUACACCUAUAUGGGAAUUUUUAAAUACCAAAUGGCAUUCAAUAAGGGAACAAUAUCUCUAGCUCCACUUUUUACACUUUUUAAUUCACCCUCUUAGCUAUUUCUUCUAGUAGGUACUUUUGUAUAUCUAAAUAAUAUGCUUUAUUGCUGUUUCUUGAUAUAUCAAGUUUUGGUGUGACCUGUUUAUAUUAUGACAUGAGCAUUCAGCUCCUGUACACCACCUCCUCCCCUCCCUCCCUCGUGCUUCCCCUGGAGUUAGGACUGCACAUCCCGUUCCCUGUUGCCCACGCUGUGAAUGAGGCUUGGCAUCUUCUAAAGUGUUUGCUAUUUGAGGUGUGUGUGAGUGUGUGUAUGUGCGUAUGUGUGUAUACAUUACAAUGUCCUUGGUCAAACCUUUUGCCCAUUGGGAUAUUUUUCUUUAUUAUUUGUUAACACAUCUUUAUAUAUUCUAGAUUGAAGUUCUUUGUCAGCUACAUGUGUUGCUAGUAUUUUCUCUUUCCUGUUCUGUGAUUACCUUGUCAUUUUCUUUAUAGUUUCUUUUGAAUAACAGAAGUUCUUUACUUUUAGUCAAAUUCAUCUCUUUUCCUUUAUAGUUAAGGGUUUUUGCACAUAUAUCUUGUUUUAAGAACUAUUUCUUUACCCUGAGGUUAUGAUGAUAAUAAUAUAUUAUCUUUUGAAUGCUUUAUAGUUUUACCUUUUAUAUAUAUGUCUGUAAUUCAUUUAGAGUCAGCUUUUGUGUACGGCGUGUGUUAGGAUCUAUUUCUAUUCUCUCCAGAUGGCACACAAUUGUCCUGGCCCUAGUUACUGAAAAGAACAUGCGUUUGUUCACUGUAGUGCCACCUUUAUCGGAAGUAUUGAUAUAAGUUUUGAGUCUGUUUGCUCAUUUUUUCCAUUCAUCUUUUUGUCUAUUCCUGCAUCAGUAUGAUGGUCUUAAUUACUAUAGCUUUCCAAUAUGUCUUGAUAAAGGAUAAGUCAGUUCUUCCAGUUUGUCUCUUCUUUUGUAACAGUGUUAGGACCAUUUUUGGUCAUUUGUAUUUUUGCAUAAAAGUUUUAGAAUCAGUGUAAAUUCUACACAUUUGGUCAUGUGCACAUGCACAUACAUGUAUAUAUCUGUACACACACAGAUAACCUCGUUUACCACUAACAAAAACAAUUUAAAGCUCCCACGUACUGAGUUAUUCAUUGAAAUUGCAUUGACUGAAAUGAAUUUGAUGAGAAUUGACAUACGAUACUUAGUUUCCAACCCAAGAACAUGUUAUAUCUGUCCACUUAUUUAGGAUUAUUAAUUUUCAGUUUUACUCUUUUCUGUAUAUUUCCUGAACUCCAUUGCAUGGAUUUUUGUAUGUAUUAUUUUGUUGUCAUUCAUUUAAAAGUGUUUUUCAAUUUUUGUUAUACCUUCUUUUUUGACUCGUGGAUUAUUGGAAAUUCAUUUCUAAACAAUUAAGAAUUGUUUAGUUAUCUUUUGGAGCUUGAUUUCUAGUAUAAAUGCAUUGUGAUCAAAUAGCACCUACUUGAUAUCCUCUGUCUUAUGAAAUUUAUUGAGACUUGAUUUAUAACCUAGUAAUACGGUCAGUUUUUGCAAAUGUUCUAUGUGAGCAUGAAAAGCAUGUCUGUUUUCCAGUAGUGGGGUAUAGUAAUGUAUAUACAUACAUUAGGUCAAGUUUGUAAAUGCUGGUAUUUAAAACUUUUAUGUUUUUACUGAUAUUUUUGUCUACUUUGAUUUAUCAAUUAGAGAGAUGUUUUAAAAUGUCAAUCUUUGAUUAUGGAUUCAUCUAAUUUUCUUUUUCAUUAUAUAAAUUUUCCCUUUAUAUGUUUUGAGGUAAGGUUUUUAAGUAAAGGUGUAUGAUAGGUCCUGAGAAAUAGUCCUGUUAUCAUUAUGCAGUGACCCACUUUAUCUCUAAAAAUGAUUUUCUGCCUAAUAUUAAUAUAGCUAUCCUAGCUUGCUUUGGAUUGGUAUUUACAUGGUACAAUUUUAUCAGUCCUUUUAUUCUCAACCUUUCUGUCUGAGAUGUGUUUCUUGUGUAAAGUAUAUACAGUCAUGUGCUACAUAGUAAUGUUUUGGUCAGCACAGACCCAUAUUCAACCUUGGUCUCAUAAGGCUGUAAUACUGUAUUUUUACUGUACCUUUUCUAUGUUUAGAUACACAAAUACUUAUUGUAUUACAGUCGCCUACAAUAUUAAAUACAGUUACAUGCUAUACAGUUCUGUAGUCUAGAAGCAGUAGGGUAUAACAUACCGCCUGGGUGUGUAGUAGGUUACUAGGUAAUAUAGCCUAGAAUGUGAGUACAUUUCUGUGAUGUUCACACAAUGAUGAUAUUGCCUCUAUCCCCAGUGCCACCAUCCAGUCCACACUUGCAUCAUUGCUGGCCCUGAACUUCGGCAGUGACUUCCUAACUCAUCUUUCAGUUUCUGCUCCUGCUGGGUCCAGGUGAUUUUUGAUUCCCCAUUCAUUCAGUGUGAUGAUCUUUGAAAACCAAAACUGGAUCAUUCCUCUGACUCUCCCACUCGCCACACCACCUUGCAUAAGCAUGCCCCUGUUCACAGAGCCUCCUAGACUGCCCAUCAUCCUCAGAAUAAGCCUAGUCUAUCACAUUCUAAAA